GAACUGAAUAGAUAGUUUGACAUUUAGAAUAAAAUUUUAAAAAAUAGAAACCAGCAAAAGCGUAUAUAAUGCAGUUAUAUGAAUUACUUUUUUGAAUAUAAUACCAAAAAGAGUUAAAGUAAGAUGACGUAAUUUGACUGCGAGUAGCCAUUUAUGGGAAUCUCACACAACAUAAUCUGGAAUAAGGUAUUUGCGGGGCCUUGGCCUUGAUCGUUCAGAAAAAUCCGUCAAAUUAGAAUUUUGAAUUCGUACUUUCUUGAACCCGUUUUAUUCGACCUAAAAAAGCGGAGGAACUGAAAAAUAAGAAAAUAGAGGUUGCAAAUCUACAAUCAAGGACAAUGAUAGAACAACUCAGAGUAAUUGAAGCACUGACUUUAAAAAAGUAUGAAAAUUCGACUAUAACAGUAGAAAAGAGAUCAAAUAGUUUGAGAAAGCAUGUUUUAUUGAAGCAUAGCUUAGAAACCCUCGAUGAGUUUAGGUGCGGAUUAUAUCAACAACCUAGAAUAAUUAAACGUGAACCGGAAGAACAAAGAAGAAAAUCAUUAACAAAAGUACAAAUCAAGCACUUUGACAAAUUGGACCCUGUAGUUGAAGCUAAACAAUGCGAGUAUUAUGAUGAAGAAAGUGACAGCGACAGCGACAGCUCAGAGGAAAAUGAAAGUGACUCGGAUGAUGAUGAUUUUGAUUCAGUCAGUUCAAUGUACAAAUCCCAUCAAGUUGAAUAUACAUGAGAAAGUAAAUGCAAAUAUUUAAGACUCAAGACUCAAGACUUAACACUCAUUUGAAUGUUCACGAUAAGAGGUUUCUUAAUCAAGACAGAAAGUCAGACAGACCGACAGACAGACACUCAUUAUAAAACCUCGAAUAUCGUGUUAUAGUAGGACAAGAUGGACAAUUUUGAUUAAUAUUUUGAUUGUAAAUUAUUUUAUAUUUAGCUUAAAUACACACAGUCAUGACGA